GUAGCACCUCCCUGUUAGGACUCCGCACGGCCCGUUUCCUCCCCACCAGCACAGGCAGCUCUGCCCCUGCAUUGCCGAGAUGGCAUUCAACGGCACAUGGCAGGUCUAUGCCCAAGAGAAGUACGAAGAAUUCCUGAGAGCGAUUGCCUUGCCGGAGGACAUCAUCAAGGUUGCCAAAGACAUAAAGCCCAUUACCGAAAUCCACCAAACUGGGAACACGUUCGUCAUCACGUCCAAAACGCCCAACAAGUCUGUCACCAACACAUUCACGCUGGGGAAGGAAGCAGAGAUGACCACCAUGGACGGAAAGAAGGUCAAGUGCACAGUCACCCUGCUGGAUGGAAAGAUGGUCGCCAAAGCAGACAAAUUUGUCCACGAGCAGGAAAUCAUAGGCAACGAGAUGGUCGAGACCAUAACAUCUGGCACAGCAAGGUUCACCAGAAGAAGCAGGAAAAUUUAGAAAGCCAAAGGCAGCAGUUUGCUCUAGAUGUUUUAAUGUUUGCGAAAUAAAGUGUGCCGUGUCCAA